CUCUGCCUGCCCGUGUUAGGGUGUCGAUUCUGAAGCUGGAACAUUGGAGCAAAAAAAGAUACUAUAUUUAUAUACAUAAAGCAGCAUAAAAGACACGGAUGUGCUUCAGAAAACGAAACGGCUACCGCCCUCCAAAUAAUUGUAAUGCAAACAUUGAGAGGUCCACGGCCAACAGGGGGAUGACAUGCAUGUUUCCAGGCUGUUAACAACGUUGAGGAUUUUAAGACUAUUAGGCUGCGAGCUCUCAAGCCAUGAUGGACAUACUGUACACAGGCCCCAUCCCGGCAGAGCGCGAGUCUCCGAUGCCGCGGAGCGAGACGUCCCCCGGCAGAGCUCGCCCGGUGGGGGCACAGCGCCCCAACGCCUGCUGCUUCUGCUGGUGCUGCUGCUGUAGCUGCUCAUGUCUUACUGUUAGGAAUGAAGACGAGAACCAGGCGAGGAGGAAGUCCCAGGAGACCAAGCUGGAGACCAUACCAAACUGUGAACCUUGCACCAAACCGACGGUGGACGAGAUGCGGCUGUGGGCGCAGUGCUUCGACAAGCUGAUGAAGAGCCCGGCCGGACGCAACGUCUUCAGGGAGUUCUUAAGGACUGAGUACAGCGAGGAGAACAUGCUUUUCUGGUUAGCCUGCGAGGACCUCAAAAAAGAGCUGAAUAAAUCGGUAGUCGAGGAGAAGGCCCGCUUGAUCUACGAGGAUUACAUCUCGAUACUCUCACCCAAGGAGGUAAGUCUGGACUCCAGGGUGCGAGAGGUGAUCAACAGGAAAAUGCAGGAGCCUACGCCCCACACUUUUGAGGAUGCCCAGCUUCAGAUCUACACCCUCAUGCACAGAGACUCCUACCCUAGGUUCCUCAACUCCUCUAUAUACAAAAAUCUUCUUCAGACGGGAUCUCGCUCCUCCUCUGAAUCAUAGGUCCUCUGCUCGCUCUCUCUCUCCUCUCUCUCUCUCUCUCUUUCUCUCCAUUGCACAACCACUGAAGGAGAAACACCCCUCUUCUGGGGUUUUUAUUAUCAUUGUUGGAUUUUUGUUAUCCCCAUGCUUUUUUAAAAUCCCUCGUUACUGAUGGACUUACUGAAGCUACACAGACAUAAACUGGAAGACACAGGGUCGUUCAUAGAGAAAUACUUUCGUUCAGUCAUUCCACUGCUCAUGGCUACAGCUCUACUGCAUUUACUACUGAUUUACAAAUUACUUUAGAAUAUACUGUAUGUAAAUACAUAUGUUAUUUUUCACCUGAUGCCACAAAGUGAAGAGAGCCCAGAGAUAGCUCUGCAAUAAGACACUGGAGUCUGUUUUUUUUUUUUUUUUUUUAAGUUCUACACCUGGGCACUGCUGGUUUAAAUUACUCUGGAUUAAUCUGACCUUUGACCUCUCUGCUGUGACUGACCAUCUGAGGCAUGGGGUUGAGUGAUGGUGGUGAAAAGGGAGAGGUGGGGCAAGAGCUUUCCCAGGUGCAAAAAAGAAAAAAAAACAAGUGCUAGUGAUUGGUAACAACUGAUUGGUAACAAGAGCCAAGUAUAAUGGCUGUCUUCAGAUAAGAUCCCUAGGUCUUAGAGUGUCACACAAAAAGCACUGUUAAAGAAGUAUUAUCGAUGUUAUUUAUUUUUUGUUAACUGUGAUAUUAUUGUACAUAUGUAAGAACUACCUGGAGCGUCAAACACAAGAACACAAGCCGAGCAACUUGUGGGUCAUGAGAGAAUGCAUGGUUUCUGUCCUCUUCUGUUCUCCUUUACUGGGACACCUGCCAUACCCAUACUGAAGAGCUAUCAUCAUCUCAAUCACAGCACGUGCAUGUGUGUGUGUGUGUGUGUGUGCCUGUUAGUCAGUUACAUACAAGUAACAAUGAUAAUUGAUUAAUAAUCAUGGAAAAUACAAACACAUCGCUGUAUUCUAUAAUACAUCUGGACAAAAUCUCCCACAUCAUGAGUAAGAGACAAAUCAGUUCCCAUGUCUAAACUGUGUGUAUGCAUGUGUGGUAGUGUGUUUGUAUAGGUGAGUUACAUAUUUACAUGUCCAUAUCAAAUAGUCCACUGGACUCUAAUUCUGGAAGGGGUAUUAAAGCCUCAGUGUUUAAGUUUUUUUCUUCUGAAGGAAGAGAAGGAUUUUGGUGAGUGUUAUUCACACUUACUAAAUGUUAAACACCUGAGGCAUAUGUGCCCUUUACAAUACAGGUGUGUUUGUGUAUGUCCAUGCAAGCGUGCGUGUCUGAAUCCGCAUGCAUUUUCAUGCAUGUGUGUUUGUGUGUGCAUGCGUGCGUGCACUUAUAUAUUUGACCGUUUCAUUGGCUGAGAAUGUCUACACUGUCUUACUAACCACUUUGGCAAGUUCCAUUAAGUUAAGCUCUGUCCAGACUGUUCCAAUAGUGUUUAGUUCCGUUGAGUCUGUAUUCAGUCCAGAUCUGUCAAUUCCAUUCCAUUCUAGCUGACUUCCAUAUCUUAGUACCCAUGCUCACUGGAAUGGAAAAGUGUGGACAGAUCAAAAAGCACUCAAAACACUGAUCUUGGAAAUGAUCCUCAUUUCCAAACUUUCUUCACUAGAUGGAAGUGGUCAGGAUUAGGGGUGGGUAUUCUUUUCCUAGAGAGAUUUAUUGAAGGCAGAAUGUUUUUGGAGACUUGGAUAGCUCCUGCAGCUGGUGAAAGAAGAAGCUCAAGGAGCUUUAUCAGCCAUCAGUCCAGUCGUUGACAACAUUCUAGCAAAUUCUAUCAGGUUCUCCAUGCCAUUUUUCUACAGAUUGGACAUAAGGAGAAAUACGCCUUGCUGAGUUACCAAACAGUUUUGACACACCUUGUUUUUUCUGCUCUUGUCAGGUUUCAUCUUUAUUUUUACACUUUGUGAAGAGCGCAGUUCUUUAUUGACCAAUGUUCUGCACUAUUUAAGCAUAGCAAUUCAUUUGUAUACAGAUGGAUUAUAUUCAGAGUUCUGGCUGACCAGUUACUGGAGUAUUAGCAGAUGGUUAUGAUGAAAUGUUCCAUGUAAAUAAUAGCUGGAUCUUUGAACGGGUCUUUAUGUUUCCAAAAGAUAAGCCUAUUUAUGAAUAUAUGUAUAUGUAAACUUCAGUUCUGUUUGAUUGCCAUUUUCUAACAGUGACAACCACGCAGUUCUGACUUUUAAAAAGAUUUUAUCAUUGUUGCUAUGACUUUGUAGACAGAAUAUAUCUUUAACAGCAACUGUGCCACUUUUUUCUCAGAAAGAUGUUACUAGAAGGCACAUGAUAUUGUUCUUUUUUUUUAAAAAGAGAAAUAUAUUUCUAUCUGGUGCUAACACUGGGUCCCUGGGUCUCAGCCCUCACGAAAAAGCUAAUAUAUGUCAAAAAAAAAAUGUGUCAGACACUGAAAAUACAUGUAUAGUUACCACUUUGUUAAAUGUUACAAUAUGCAUAUAUUGUAGAGAGAACUAAAUAUUUGACAAUACAUGCAUAAAAUAAUAUACUGUCAGUGAAAGUGGCAAUAAUUUAUAUAUUUUGACUAUAGUGAGAUGUUUGACAUCUUUGAAAAAUAUAUUUUAGUCUUCAUUACCUGUUUUAAUUUAGAUUGCUUUUUCAUGAGAGAGCCCCCCUACUUUACUCACCAGCACUUAGUAUUUUACUUUGGCUAAUGCGGGUUGGCUUUUGGGUAGGGCCAAACUGGUCGACGUCCUGCAUGUUUUUAAGCAGAUAAAAUUACAGUUCAGCUGCAUGCUGUCAUUUGUUGCUAGGAAGGUGGUGUGUCCUGGCUGCUUUGAGGAAUUGAUGUGGGAUUGUGUCAAAUGAACAGGCAGAUGAGACUGCAGACCUUUGCUCGAAUACUCGAGUGACUGUCCCUCCAUAGAUAUAGAUUACUAUAUUGGUCAAAUGAGUUUGCUACUCAUCCAAAAUGGCGUCCUGAACAGAUAAAGAGACAGUGAGUUACUGUACAUCUUGAAGUUUGACAGGCAAGUCAGUCAAUUUCAUAGACAAACUAUUAUAGAUCAACCAUAUUAAUGUACACCAUGUCUGUACAGCAUUGGGGUGUUUAGAGAUGUUGAAGAAAGAUGGGUUAUGGUUAACCAGGUUUAUUUUCCAAAGAUGCAAAGCUGAAUGUAGGGAUUCCAGGCAUUAACUAGGUUCAUGUGUAUUUCCAUUUAUAUUACAUGUAUAUGAUAUAUGAUUGGAUUAUGUGAUCCAUGCAACCUUGCCAAUACUGGCUUGCCUCAACCUAGUAAUUGUAGGUCUGUGGUCCAUAUGCUGUCCCACUUUGUCCCACAUUUGGUCCAAUUAAUAGAGCAGGGUAGUCAUCAGCAGAGGAAAGUCUGCCCACUGUUUACAUUGAAGUUAUUUUUUUUUAACUUUUUUGGAGUGUUUUAAAUUGCGUUAUUCCUUUACAAUUUUAAUGUAAAUAAAUGGAAAUAGUAUAUAAAUAUUUGUAUAUGAUAUUAUAUAACAUCAAAUUUAAAAUAAUGUAGACAUUUUUUAAAAUAAUUUCAGAGGCUUCAUGAAGGGGAGUAAUGCAGUUUUUAAUGCUGUUAUUUUUAGAGUGACAGAUGCAUUGGAUGUUAAAUUAUUUUUGUGAUGAGAAGAUUUAAUAGUUGUGCAUGAUGUGUAUUAUUUACACAUAUGUAUGGAUAUAUAUGCAUACAUAUAUGUAAAUAAUAUUGAUACAGUUAUCUCCAUGGAUGGUACUGUAUGUGUCUGCCUUGGUGGAGAGGAAACUGCCUAUAGAAGAUGUGCAAUGUUUGGGCUGCUGACAUCAGGGCUGAAUGGGUGUUGAAGAUUGGCUUGCGUGUGAGUAGGCCAAAGCAAAUUUAGGCCCACAGUGGGUUGACGAUCCACUGAUCUCUGCUUACCUGGCACCAGGUUAGUGCAACCUGGGAAUCUAGCAGUGCCCUAAACCGUACCUCAAUCUCUAUUAUUCCACAAAGUUGUAGGCUGCUUCUCAGAAACCCAUUGUCCCUGCUUCAAAAAACCUUCUCACUCACUCGCAUACACAAGCACAUAUAUAUAUGUGUGGACACAUACACGUUCACAAACACAUACAAACACACACACACACACACACACACACACACACUCACUCGUGCACACAAGCAUAUACUCAAUCUGGUGUUUAUGGGCUGCUGUACAGAAAGCCACAGGAGAGCUCCUGGCAGAGCAGUUGAGGAGAGGGAGGGAGGGAGGGUGAAAGCAGGAAGAUGAGUGUGACAGUGUGGGCUCAGUGUCACACACCCCAGCUCGGUUUUUUUACAGAGCCGAGCAAACGCCCCAAAGAGCUGGGCCUCUCACCUCCUGACGCUUUUGUUUUUCUCUAAUCAAAUCAGUCAAAGGAACAAAAAACAAAACCGUACUCCUGAAUGUGCCUUGGCCCAGGUGCGUCAGAGAUAGGAACCCGGAGACAAAGCACUGCUUUGCACAUGGGGAUUCUGCAUACAGAUCUCCAUAUUUCAAUAACCACCGGAGGGGGCCAGGUCCAGUAUUUCACAUGAGAACAGAAUUACCAGAAUUACUGCGUGUGGACUUCUUUCAUCCCUUUUAAAAAUGGUUCAGGAAAAUAGGACUGCUGGCUCAUAACAUGGCCAUCAAGUCUGAAUGUGUAAUAUAGCAUCUGUCAGGUAGCACGGGUAAAUAGUUGUGUGCAAGUCAGUGUCCCUGGUCAUUUUCUAUAAGCCACCAGUCAUUUUCCCAUUGGUUUCAAGAGAGUGAUUAACAGAUAGACUGACUCAUGUUUACAUAUUCUUAUCUUUGAGGUGCCAAUAAUCCCUGCUGUCUCACAAUCAGAAACCAUAUGUCUGAAAUGGUCUGUGUCUCACAGUUAGCAACUGGGCUGAAAGUAACAGACUUCAGACAUCCCCCGUCAGGUUAACCGAGUUAUCGUGCAUGUGUAAACGCAUACACGCAUACACCACAUGCUCUGUUUGAGGCAUCAUGGUUUUCAAUACCGUGAGGUUUAUUUUAGCAGUACGUUUUUUUCCCCCCCAAAGUAAUUUUACAGUAAUUCAUUCACUCUGUUCUGGUGAAGUUGGUUGAUCAGCUUGUUAGGUAGGGUUUGAGGUGUACACCCAUCACUCCUUGCCUCUCUUGCUCUGUCUGUGCUGAAUAUAUUCCAUCGAUUCACUUCCUGUAUACUUCUCUUUGAGCAGCCUUGGCAAAUUGCCACAAUACUGUAUAGUGCCACAACACAAUAUAGCAGUACGACUUGUUUCAGACUGAAGGACCUAUGGACACUUAUUUAUUGAUAUCAUGUUAUUUUAAUAACAAAGCCAACUAUGUAUGACAAUAUGUGGACGGAUUCAGGACCAAAUUCUUUUUCUUUUUUUUUCCAUUUUCAAAUUUGUCAUGAUGUAGAAAUUGGUCCAGCUGUACUCAUCAGCUUUUGCAGUUCAACUUAAGGCAAGGUGAACUCUGUAGAGUACAAGAACACACCUCCACACUAGACAACUCACAUUGACCUCUGCUGGGCCAAUCUGUAAUGUACGGUAAAAAGGUGGAUUCAAUUGCUGAAACUUUUUUUUAAAGAUGAUAAUAAAGACAUUUGUGUUAUUAUUCA